AAAAGAUAGCGCGACAGACGAUGGGGACCAUCAUUCACCACAACAAUCGAUUUAGGAGCUCUUGAAACAAACGACACCGUCGCCGCAUUGGUCAAUCGGACCCCAUGGGUCCACCCUUGCGUAUUGCCCUCCUCGAGUGCGAUGAGCUGGUCGGAGAGAUGAAGAGGGAAUAUGGCAGCAUUGGCAAUUUAUACAGAAAGUUCCUUGAGGCCGGUGCAUCGAAGCUCGAGGAGAGCGGUCUCUAUGCGCGACCCAAUCUCGAGAUUACUUCCUAUGAUGUGGUCAACAAGCAAGAAUAUCCGGACCUCGAGAACAUCGACGCAAUAUUCUUGACAGGCAGCCGGUAUGAUUCUUUCACGCCAGGGUUAAAUAACUGGAUCUCAAAGCUCGUCGAUUUCAUCAAAACAGUCCUGCAAGACCAAUCACGGGUUCGGAUAAUGGCCGUCUGUUUCGGGCAUCAGAUCGUUGCUCGCGCAUAUGGAGUUAUGCCUGAAAGGAGCAAUUCCGGCUGGGAGGUCUCUGUUACUCCCAUUGCACUGACAGAGAGAGGGAAGCAAGUCUUCGGACAGGAUUCACUAGCGCUUCAUCAGAUGCAUCGUGACGCGGUUCCACGGUAUCCAUCGUCUGUGGAGAAGCUUGGUCACUCAGACCGCUGCGAUGUGCAAGGAAUCUACGUCAAGAACCGUGUGAUUACCGUACAAGGGCAUCCGGAGUACACUGCAAAGAUUGCCAGCGAAUUUCUAGAUCGAAGGCGCGGAUCGCUACUAGAUGAGGCAACAUAUCAAGAUGGAAAGAAUCGAGUAAAUAACCCGCAUGAUGGCGUGACUGUUGGGGCUAGCUUCUUGAAAUUCUUGUUGGAAAAAUAA